AACGUAGCGGUACCGCCAAGUGUACGGUCAAGGCUUGUUGGCGGGCCCGGCCUGGAUUCUCCAAUAAGCGAGCCCCAGCCAAACUGGCGGCACGUCUCUGCUGAACUUGGCAAUUUUGUAAGCCGCUAAUAAAAGUAACCAGCGAGUAUUCUUUUUUUUUAUUCAAAUUCAAAUACAUAAUAAUUUAAAAAGUUGUCGAAAAUGAAGAGACUAAAAAUCACGCAUCUCUUUUUUCUAAUUGUUGUUUCGGGAUCGCAUUUGAAAGCCAUGGAAGUUGAUUCCGAUGAUGAAUAUAUAAGUAUAGAGGAAAACAUAAUCCCUGAGUAUAAAUCAAAAGUUGAGAGUGCUCACAGAGAAUCGAAGGUUCUUCGGCCAUAUCCUCUAAAUCACAAGAAAGAUGAAAAUGAAAAAAGUGAAGGAAAUAAUUUGGAUGUAAACAGAAAAGCGCGCUUUUUGCCAUUUUCUUACCCCCAAAGUCCGAUUGUAGAUCUUAUGAUGCAGACAGUGUCCAAUAAUUAUUCGCCCACAAACGCGAGGGAUCCAUUCGACUUCUUGCGGGAUUCUUAUCCGUUACCUAAGGGCUAUACAAGUCCUUUAGAAGAAUAUGACUACAUUAUAAUCGGAGCAGGUUCAGCUGGAUCAGUUCUAGCAUCGCGGCUCACGGAAGACAAACCAAAAGCCAUGGUACUGGUCAUCGAAGCUGGAAAACCGGAAUGUCUCCUUUCGGAUAUACCGGCUUUAACCCAGUAUCUGCAGCAAACAGACUAUAUUUGGCCGUACAGAAUGGAACACCAAUCCGGAGUUUGUAUGGGAAGUGAAGGACAGCGCUGUUAUUGGCCUCGAGGCAAAGCUGUGGGGGGAACUAGUGUUACCAACUACAUGAUGUACACAAGAGGGCGCCCUCAGGACUGGAAUAGAAUUGCGGCCGAUGGCAAUUACGGAUGGUCUUAUGAUGAAGUUUUAAAUUAUUACAAGAAAUCAGAGAGAGCCGAGCUGAAAAAGUACAAAAGCUCUCCUUACCACGGCCGAGAUGGCGAACUAACUGUUGAAAACGUUCCAUUUAAAACUGGACUAGUCGAGGCUUUCUUAGAAGCUGGACGGAAGCUAGGACACCAGACCGUUGAUUACAAUGCUCCAGAUCAACUAGGGUUCGGGUAUAUACAGACCACCACUAACAAAGGGCAUAGAAUGAGCACUGCAAAAGCAUUCCUUCAUCCUCACAAACGGCGGAGAAAUCUUCAUAUACUUUCUGAAAGUAGAGCUACAAAAAUUCUUAUAGAACCACAGACAAAGAGAGCAUACGCCGUAGAAUACAUGAGACAUGGCAUCAAACACACCGUGCGCUGUCGAAGAGAAGUCAUCUUAUCGGCUGGUCCAGUAGCCUCUCCGCAACUGCUUAUGCUGUCCGGUGUAGGACCACGACAAAAUCUAGAAACCUUAGGCAUUCCCGUAAUUACUGACCUAAAAGUGGGUAAAACUUUGUACGACCAAAUUGCUUUCCCCGGCGUUAUAUUUAAACUAAAUACCACAAACGCUAGUCUUCUUGAACCAAAAGUGGCUACGCUACCCAAUCUAGUGCAAUGGUUACAAUUUGGAGAUGGUCUUCUUACUACCCCUGGUACUGUAGAAGCGUUAGGAUAUAUAAAAACUGCUCAAUCUGAUGAUCCUGAAUUGGUACCAGAUAUUGAGUUGUUAAGCUUGGGAGGUUCUAUGACAGUCGAUGGCGGUGGCGCCUUUAGAAAAGGUUGGAAAAUCUCUGAUAGUACUUAUUACCCGGCAUUUGGAUCUUUAACAGGACAUGACACUUGGUCUGCCAUACCGGUGCUUUUACAGCCGAAAUCAAAAGGAUAUAUGGAACUCCGUGAUACAAGUCCAUUUUCUUUUCCAAAAUUAUAUGGAAACUAUUUGACAGAUCCUAAAGAUAUUGCAACAUUAAAAGAGGCAGUGCAAUAUAUUAUUAGGCUUGCACAAUCAGAUGCUUUCAAUAAAUAUUCUCCAAAACUGCACUUAGCCGAAUACCCCAAUUGUAAAAGCUAUGAGGCUGGAUCAGACUCUUAUUGGGAUUGUGCCAUUAGAACAAUGAUCAUAUCUACCCGUCACCAAAUAGCAACUUGCAAAAUGGGACCUCCGUCUGAUCCUGAUGCAGUUGUCGAUCCUGAGCUGAGGGUGUACGGAGUGGAAGGAUUGAGAGUUGUAGAUUCCAGCGUUAUUCCAAGACCGAUUUGUGCUCAUACGAAUACUCCGGCGAUAAUGAUCGGGGAGAAAGCAGCAGAUAUGAUUAAAAAAGCAUGGUCGAAUGUUGUUAGUUAAUUUUACCUCCGUUU